UUAAAUAGUGAAGGACCAAAAGGACAUAAUCUUGACAUUCUGAAAGGUUUUCAUUGGCUGUUUUCUUAUUCUGUUCUUACUUUAUAUACAGAACCAGAAGAAGCAAUGAAUGCAUUGCAGGAUAUACAAAUAUGUUUUAAUAAAAUGUUUGUACAAUCGAAAAAAUCAUUAAAAAAGAAAAGGAGCAAAGAGGAAAAUCUCGAAGAAAACCAUAAUCCUGUUGAUGUAAUUGUGGAUAUUUUACUCGGUUUUCUUGCAAAACCAUCUGCAUUUUUAUACAACAUGGCCGAACAAGUUUUUAAAGUUUUCUGUGAAGGCGUUACGAAAUCUUCUUUGGACUUAAUGUUAGACCUUAUAAGUAAACAAGAGAAUGCUGAAGAAGAAUUGGAAGCAAAAGAUCAAUCUUUAAUAAAAAUUAAUAAUGAGGACGAAGAAUAUAGUGAGGAAGACAUGAGUAACCAAGAUGAAAUGAUGGAAAAAUUUGAUUCUAAGUUAUCUGAAUUUUUCAAAAACCAAAAAUUUGGAAAGAAAAAGAAAAAAGAUACUAAAUACCAAAGGAUUCAUUAUAAACACAAGGUUAUUGGAUUGUUGAAAAUUUUUGUUAAGGAACAACAAAAUAAUCCACUUAUUUUUGAGUUAAUAAUGCCUUUGCUUAAGAUAGCGAAGAAUGCAAAAACUGAUGAAAUUGCUAAGGGCGUAUAUAAUCUUCUCAAUACUAGAGUGGUUGUCAUAAAGGAUGGCCUUACUGAAUUUGAUGAUAGUAAAAUACUCACUUUAUUAGAACAAGUUCAGGAUAUGGCUCGAAAAGCACACUUUGGUGAUAUGAUGACUUUGUGUUGGAAAUCUUGUGCGUUCCUGCUUAAAGCUAUAGUUCGACGUCAUAACAAAGAAAGCAGUGACGCUUCAAGAGAAAUCACAAAUCAACAUAUUAAAAAGGCCAUUGUUGUUUAUGAAUCCACAUAUAAGAGUUGGUGCACUAAGUCGAGUGCUUUGAAUAUAAAAUGUUUUUCGCAGUUGCCUGCUAAUAUUCCUCAAAUACCAUGGCACUUUUCGGAAUUAUUCCUUGGGUGUACUGACCCAAAGACAGCAAAGAACCCUAAAAAGGUCAUGAAUGCAUAUGACGUAUCAUUUGCCAUUUGUAAUGUUGCGUUACCAAAGAAAAAACGGGAAUCUAAAGGUGCUAAUAGCAUUAUACCUAAAUUAGCACCAAAAAUAAGAGAAAAUUUAAACAAUACGCUUCAAUUUAUUGCAGAAGAUUUAAAAUGUGGCAAUCAAAAUUUUGAUUCUCAAGCAUUAAAAUCUAUUCUAAAGUUUGCGGGACUUGCAAUCAAAAGGACUAGUACAGAACUUAAGAAAUUAUGGAAUACAAAGAAACUUUUGCCUUUACUUGAGAAAAUUAAAGAAUUACCAAGGUUUAAAUCUUCCCAAGUUAUUAAUAAUUUAGUAAAGGAAAUUACACGUAAUUUUCAAUAA